GUACCUGCUGGGGGUGUCCCUGUGCCCACCAACAAAUCCCCUUGGCAGCAAAUUAAAUAAUCCCCAAUGAGCCUCAUUAAUCCAUUCCUGCUGUACCCAUGAGAAGGUACAGCCAUCCCAGGUCUGUGCUUGGGGGGCACCACCAAAACCCUCCUGGGCAGCCAAAAUAAUCCCAAAUAAAUCAUGGAUGGGCUUUAUCAAUCCUUGUUCUGCUGUGCCCAUUGUGGGGUAUGGCCCUGCCCACAUGAACAGCAUGGAACGCUACGAUCCGAGCAAGAAUUCCUGGGAGACCGUGGCCUCCAUGGCUGACAAACGGAUAAACUUUGGGGUGGGAGUCAUGCUGGGCUUCAUCUUCGUGGUGGGGGGACACAAYGGGGUGUCCCAUUUGUCCAGCAUCGAGAGAUACGACCCCCACCAGAACCAGUGGACGGUGUGCCGGCCCAUGAAGGAGCCCAGGACAGGUGGGACAUGUGGAGUUUGGCAAAAAUGA